AUGGCGGCGCCUGUGCAGGGGGAGGCGGCGUGGAACCGGUGGCGCGUGCCGCGGCCUGCGAGCAGCGCUACGGUGGCCCUGCCGGCCCAACACCCGGCAGUGAGAUGCCUUCCAGCUGUUGUUAAAGAAUGUUACAAGGUCAGCAUGUUGCUGAAGAGUAAAGCUGUGGAUGCAGAAGGAAAAGUUUUACAUGCGAUCCUUUAUGGUUUCCACAACAGAAUGGCUCACCAUAAAACCUAUUUGUCUCUGAAACAGGUCAGCAAGAAGAAGCUUCAUGAAAUAAUUAUGGUUGGAAUGAGCCUUCUAAAUCUCAGUUAUAAGAAAAGUAAAUCUGAAAAUGCAAGGAAGUGCUUAGUUCCCAGCCAGCCUGUGACAGAAGUGGUGGCGGUGAAGAUCUUGGGAGGCUGCAAGCUCUUGCUGCGCUUACUGGAGUGUUGCUGCAAAGCAUUUGUCCUGUCUGUUAAGCAUCUGUGUUUGGAAGAAUACAUCCUCUUGAACACUGUGGUUUCAGGAUUGUUGAGCAGAUUAUGGAUUCUCUAUAGGUGUGUAUUACAAAGCCUCAUUUCUUUAUAUGGGGUGUUGUCUGGGUUGCUACAGGAGGUGUCCAGGACCCAGCAGAUGCCUUAUAUUAAGGGGUUUACCUUCCCUUCUGAAAUCACUGAGUUUCUGGGACCACUUUAUUUGGAGAUUAAGAAAAGACCUAAAGUACUUGCAACAAAAAAGGCAACUGGAUGGCUGAAUAAGCUGUUUGCAGGGCCUGCAGUAGCAUCCAGGUGCAGUAAAGAGAGAGGCCCAGCAGCUCCCACAAGAUGCAGCAAGAAGAUGACCAACAUCCAGCACCCCAUCGAUAUUGGAAAGCCGGUUCUGGUGAAGAGAGCUAACCGAGGGAAGGAGUUGGGAUUUGACAUCAAGACCUUAUGUAGGCAACGGAAACUCAGAGUCCAAGAGGAUGUAGACUUCAGGCUAACACUUUCUGAAGCAAAAGCAGUGAGAUCUCAGCAUGCCAAAUCCCUUGUGUUGCGGUUUAGAGAAGCCUGCUCUUUCGGAGAACUGUCUGAAGCACUCAAAACAGCCAUUCUCUGCUGCAAAAGCAAAAAGCUCAAGUCAGAAGCUUUCUUUCUGGGAACAAAACUUUUGAAAAGCAAACGGCUGCAGCAUGUGGAGGCUCAAGGCUGCAGCUUACAGAAAAAACUGAGCUGUGUGAAAGCAUCUAUCUGCAAAUACCUUCUCUCUGGCUUGCAAAAGGAACAUUGUCCAAAGCAGUACCGCAGAGCAAGUUCCUGGCAGCAAAGGAAGAUCAAACUGUCCAGAAGGUCAAAAUCAGUCUCAAAGAAGACUCCAGAGUUUGUUCAACAAAACACUUCCAGCCUUUUUGAAGACAGUAUGCCUAGUGCUGUGUCCCUCUUUCCUUCUCAGCAGUGUGAGCAUUCACUUCACCUAAGAAAAGCAGGAGACUGUAGCGCUACCAGGCAUGUUGGAGAACAAGACAAAGUGGGGACCUCUGAACCUGUGGCAUUGGAAAGAAACUCUGGGCCUACAGUGAAAGGGACUAGUGAGAACGAUGAUAUUGAUGACAUUUUUGCAGCAAUGGGUGUAUAACACUGGUGUGGUGAUGAGUCACUGUAGUACAGAGGUCCCCAAACUGUGGGGCACCCCCCCACGGGUGGGCAUGGAGAAACAUUGGGGAGGGGCACAGUGGGGCCCAAGUCAGCCUCCAUGGGGAGUGGGGAAGGAGCCCCACCCAACCUUGCUCCAAUCCCUCUGCUCUGGCCCCAUGUGCAGCCUUGACUCUGCACCUGUCCCAGCCCUAGUCUUGGCCCCACCCCAAACCUCAGCUCCUGGCUAUAGCUCUGUUCCCAACCCUGGCUGGAGACCCGCAUCCAGCUGUGGCCCCCUUACCCAUGUCUCUCUCUCCACUCACCCUAGGAGCUACAGCCCUGCUCCUGGCCAAUGGGGGGAGUGGUGCACAGAGAGGUCUAAGGCAGGGCACAACUGUGAAAAGUUUGGGGACCACUGCUGUAGAACUCUAGUCUAGCUUUUUACAACUGCCUUUAGAAGAUGGGUUAGGGUCUCCUAAAGGAAGCUAUUAGAAACAUUGUUAAAGUGUUAGUCUCUGUAAUCCACAUAUUUCAUUUCCCCACAAUAACGGGGGGCUACUGAGGCUGCACUACAGAGAAGAUAGUAGUCCUACUAAAUGUUUCUUUGUAAAAUGUUAUUUUAGAGGAGAUAUCUCAAAUGGACAGUUGAAUAAAUUGUCAUGGGUGAGAGGGUUUUGCUAAGGGAACAGUGGUUUAUUUGGGCAUUUUUUAUCUCUUCAUCAGGAAAAGUACAAGGGCUCUAGUCCUGCUGCAUGAUGAUGAGACCUGUGGUAUAAGUGCUGCAAUCACAGAAUGUAGUAUAAAACACCAUGUUAGAAACCAACUAGAGGACAAGACUCCUCUAGCAUGUGGAAAGAGCUGGGCCACCUGCUUCUGGCUAUCAAAGGAACACCUCCCUUGCCCUGAGUGAAGAUUUAAAAUACUUUCUAUGUAUUUGUGUUUCUUCAAACAAGCCAAGACUAUAUAUGUACACAUUCAGUCACCCCUUUAAUAGUUGCUGCUCAUACAGAAGCCAAACUGUCUUUGUAUUGUCAUGAUCCUAGAGCCUGGACAGCAGUCUUGUCAUUCUGAUGCCUGAAGUGUAUGGGAGCGCACAAGCUAGGUACUACAGUGUUGCCUUCAGCCAAUGGUUCUCAACCAGGGGUAUGUGUACCCCUUGGUGUAUACAGGUCUUCUGGAUGGUACAUCACCUCAUCUAGAUAUCUGCUUAGUUUUUAACAGGCUGCAUAAAAAGCACUAGCAGUGUCUGUACAAACUAAAAUUUUAUGCAGAACUUUAUACUGCUCUGUAUACUAUACACUGAAAUGUAAGCACAAUAUUUAUUUUUAUGAGAAAAUACAGUUUUUCGAUCUGUGUGCUAUGACAC